AUGACUAAUCCCCACGAGUACACUGUUGGCUGGAUAUGCGCCAUACAUACCGAAUAUGUUGCCGCCCAAGCGUUCCUUGACGAAAACCAUGAGGGGCCUGAUUACGUAUCUCCCAACGAUAACAACGACUAUACGCUUGGAAAGAUUGGAAAUCAUAACAUUGUUAUCGCUGUGCUUCCAAACAGCGAAUACGGACUUUCAUCUGCGGCGGGCGUCGCAAGAGAUAUGCUACAUAGCUUUCCCAACCUCCGAGUCGGUCUGCUAGUAGGAAUCGGCGGUGGCGCGCCUAGUCGGAAGCAUGAUAUCCGACUUGGUGAUGUUGUGGUGGGCGUUUCUAACAAUAGUGGGAAAAGUGCUGUAUUCCAGUAUGACUUUGGAAAGGCCAUGCAAGGUCAGGAGUUUCUCGAGACUGGGUUUUUGUAUCAGCCACCACCGGUUUUACGAACGGCUGUUAAUGGACUUAUGGCGCAGUAUGAUAUUGAGGGGAAUCAAUUGAGUGAGGCUGUCGAAGGCGCCUUGAAUAAGAAACCCAGACUACGAAAGAAAGGCUAUUCACGGCCUGGAGUAAAUACUGAUAGGCUCUACCAGUCGCAUUUUGCUCAUGCUAAUAGCGAGAUGGAUUGUGCGGAAGCCUGUGGUGACGAUCCAUCAGUCCUGAUCAAGCGUCUCGAACGGGAUGAAGAAGAUGAUGUAAUGAUCCAUUAUGGCCUGGUCGCUUCAGCGAAUACACUCAUGAAGGAUGCCUUAGUCCGAGAUGAGCUCAUCAGAAAGAAGGACGUGCUCUGCUUUGAAAUGGAAGCUGCCGGGUUAAUGAACCAUUUUCCGUGUCUAGUCAUCCGUGGUAUCUGCGACUAUUCAGACUCACAUAAGAAUAAAGAGUGGCAAGGCUAUGCAGCAAUGGUAGCCGCAGCAUAUGCAAAAGACCUUCUACGUCGAAUAUCUCCUACCAGGGUUGAAGCCGAAAAGAAGAUUAGCGAAGACUUGGCCAAUAACCUUAUCAACGUGCAACAAAUAUCACACGAUAUUAAGACCGAUGUACUUGCAAUGAAAGCCAACCAUCACGUCUCAAACAUCGAGCGCUGGCUUUCACCUGCCAACCCAUUUACUAAUAUUAUCAAUGCAAAAAAAUCUCGGUAUCCGGGAACUGGAACAUGGUUCAUUGAAAGUGACGAGUUUUCUCAAUGGAAGCUCGGUUUGCGUCAGCAUAUGUGGCUUUACGGUAUGCCAGGCUGUGGCAAGACCAUCCUCAGUUCCACGAUUUUCGACCACCUUGCCCAGAUGGAUGAAUGUGUAGUUCUCACUUUCUUUUUCGACUUCACCGACACUAAGAAGCAGAAACUGAGUGAUAUGUUGCGUUCACUUGCAUUCCAACUCUAUGGCUCCCACUCAGGGUCUCGAAAAGACCUCGAUAACCUAUUCGCAUCUUCCGACAGCGCCGGUAGGCAGCCAGAUACUUUUACGUUGUCUGAAUGUAUCAAGGGCAUGAUGCGAGCACCUGAAAAACUCAUCAUUUUAUUGGAUGCUCUAGAUGAAUGUUCAGAAAGAAGGGAGUUGCUGCAAUGGAUGGGAGAGUUUAUGCCAGCCUUUACAAAUGUUCAGGUUAUAGCUACUGGUCGGCCCGAACACUCUUUACAGCAAAAUCUUGUCAUUUUAUUGGGAGAAGAAAACUGUCUCCCUCUCAGUAAAGUUUCAGUGGACAAUGAUAUUCGCUCAUACAUCAAGGCCAGGCUCGAGGGCCAAGAGUUUAAGAGGUGGGCCAAUUUCCCACAUGUGCUGGAACAGAUACGAGUUGCAGUCAGCAGCAAAUCCAAUGGAAUGUUUAGGUGGGCGGCUUGCCAACUAGAUAGUCUCCGGGAAUGUCUCGAUCGCGAGACACUGCAGGAUGCGCUUCAAUCUCUACCUAAAGAUUUGAAUGCGACAUACGCUCGAAUUCUUGGGAGUAUUCCCAGACAACGUAAAAACAAGACAAUCCGCCUGCUUCAGUUCCUUCUCUACUCCGAGCGGCCAUUGGCUCUUGAGGAGGCCGUGGAUAUAAUCGCAAUUCGCCCUAACGAAGGCAAAUUUGAUGCACAAGAUCGACUUCCAUGCCCCGAGGAAAUUACUGGAUACUGUUCUAGCCUUGUAUCGCUUAUACAAACCUCUGGCCCGGCCGCAGCACUCAAGCUACAGCUAGCCCAUUUCUCAGUGAAAGAGUACCUCCUGACUCAUGACUCCCCAGAUUUCAUAUAUCCUAAUCCCAGAGUUGCUAUUACGGAAACUUGUUUAGCAUAUCUUGGGAGCAUACCGAAUGUUGGCAUUGCUGCUAUAAAGACACAAUUCCCAUUGGCAGCAUAUGCAGCACAGAUCUGGACGGAUCAUGCCAAGGUUGUGGAAAAAUCAAAACCGACCCUUAAGAAAAUUAUAGGAUUCCUGCUAAACGAGAGUCAAUUUCAUUGCUGGAUUUAUCUAUUCAACCCAGAUGGCCUUGUCUAUCGUCCUAGAAAACUACGCACAGCCUCACCCCUUUAUUAUGCCUGUCUCACUGGCCUUGAAAUGACUGCACAGCAGCUUUUAUUGACUGGCGCAGAUCCAAAUGCCCCAGGCGGCCACCAGGGCUAUGCUCUUGGAGCUGCUUCAAGAUAUGGUCACCAGGAGAUUGUCCAGCUAUUGCUGGAUAAUGGUGCUGACGUGGAUGCUCAAGGUGGCUUAUACGGCGUUGCCCUCAAUGCCGCUUCUCAAGGUGGCCAUGAAGAA